UCGACAGCUCGGACUACAACAGGUGGUGUGAGUACAUCAUGUACCGGGGGCUGAUCAGGUUGGGGUAUGCCAGAAUUUCCCAUGCUGGACUGAGUGAUUCUGAAAUUCAGAUGGCCAAAUUUAGGAUCCCGGACAACCCCGUUCAUUAUAGAGACAACCAGAACGUGGUCAUAGACCACAGGAAGGUUCCUAAGAAAAUUCGCUUUAACCCCAGAUUUGGAUCAUACAAAGAAGGACACAAUUAUGAAAACAGCCAUCACUUUCAUAUGAAUACUCCCAAAUACUUUUUAUGAAAUUUAAAACAAGAAGUUAUUGACUGAGCAAGUCUAAGAAAAUAAAAGUAUAUAGAAAAGAAGAGAUGAAUGAAAAUGGAGAAAUACACAUGAAGAACCUCAACUUUUAAAAAGCAUGAUAUCUUUGCAGUGGGAUGUUCCAUCACUUUAUAAGAUGUUGCUUAAUAAAAGCAUUCCUC